AUGUUGUCAUCAAGAGCGAAUCCAACAAAUGGCGAUGAUUCAGCUAUGCCUGGUGACUAUGGGUCAUUAUCAGUACUACCGAGACGUAAUGGACCUAUUUCAGCUCCUUCUCCAGAGCUCGAAUCUAUGGUGCCAACGUCAAGAACACCAUUUCCACGAAUUCCUGCCGCUCGAUCAAAUGAUGAAAUAUCACCGAGUACACCAUUUUCCCGUCUGCCUAUGGUACCUCGUACUGCUGAUCCAUCAAUGGGAAGGCGAGUUCAGAUGCCUCGAGGUCAAUCUCAUCGACGUAGACGACGACCACUCACACCCGAAAUUGUUAUAGAACCAAAAUCUCGUUGUCGUUCGUCAUGGGGACGAAGACGUGUUAUUACAAUUCCAUGGAAUAAUCGUCCGACGCUCGGCUUACGUGGACCACCGGAAACUGUGAUAGAAAUUGAACGCAUUCCGUGUCGCCGUCGUCGUCGUCAUCAUCAUCAUCGAAGAUGUCGACCUGUAUGUUGUGAAUAUGAGUGUGAUGAUCCACCACCACAACCAACAACAAUCAUAACUAAUCCUAUUGGAAAUCCAUAUUUGUUACCAGCUCAGCCCUCAUUCAUCUUACCCACUAAUGAUAAUAUUGGUACAGUUUCAUCAACAUAUCCUUCAAAUCUCACUGCAGAAAUGCUUGAAAAUUUACCGAGACAAACUGUACACUUGCCACCUAUCCAUCUACCUGGUAGUCAGGCCGAUGAUAAUACUGAACUUGAUACUAUCGUAUUGCCCGCUGAAAUAAUCAAUCCAGCUGAUGGAACCUUAUCAGCCAUUCAAGCUAAUGCAGGAGGAAAUUUUGGCGGAUCUCCAAAUAUGCAAUCUGUUCUAGCAGUUCCUAAUCAAUCAUUUGUUUCCGUGCCUAAUUCAUCUAUUAUUAGAGUACCUAAUCAAUCAUUUAUUUCAGCACCUAAUUCAUCUAUUAUUAGAGUACCUAAUCAAUCCAUUAUUGCAGCACCGAGACAAUCGAUGAUUGCAGCUCCUAAUCAAGUUCAACUAAAUAAUAUAUCAAGAGCGCAAACAAUGUCACCAACAAUGGCAGCAGAUCCACUGAUGCAAAGAUUUCAAAAUCUUUUUCAACGUCUUAGAUUACCACAAGCACAAUCAAUGCCAAGAGCAGCAACCAAUACUCCGAUGAUUCGACCUAUGCUACCUAGUAUGUCACAAAAUAUUCCCAUGAACAAUACUGACAAUCGUCCACCGCCGACUGUUUCGUUGACGAACACAGCAAAUUCCGGAAUUUAUCCUUCAGCCAAUAUUCGACCUGCUAAUCCAUUAAAUAAUGAACUCUAUCGUUCAGCAAACAUGACAUCAUCUGUUCCAACUAGUAGUGCACCUUAUGCACCUGCAAAUAUUACACCAUAUCGUCCGUCAACCUUCACACCAUCUACUACAAUAAACAAUCCGGUAUAUCGUCCUGCUAGUAUUGCACCUUCCAACUCAUCAGCUAUUGGUCCGUACCGUUCAGCAAAUAUUACACCCUAUUCGAAUAGCAAUCUUCCACAAAUGUCAUCGUUUGCUCCGGAGCCGACUCCUUAUACUUCCGCUCCAUCAGUAGCAUCAUCAAGGUCAUUUGCUCCUUUUCCUACUCUAUCUUCCUCUACGCCUUCUACUUAUGCUAAUAAUUAUAUAAAUUCUCAAUCAUUAACAACAAAUUUCAAUCAAACAAACAACGGAAUGCCAAAAUCAAUUCUUCGUAAUGGAACAUCAAAUACUACUUAUACUCGUUUAGCUACACCCAAUAUUUCUUCUUAA